AUGGAAGGAAACAAAGUGCAUUAUAGGCAUUUAAUGCUUUUCUUUUACCGGAAAGGCAAAAAUGCCACACAAGCAGCAAUCAAGAUAGGCGCUGUGUAUGGCAAAGGAGCUAUUGCUGAAAGAAUUGUGCGAAAGUGGUUUGCUAGGUUUAAAACUGGUGAUUUCAACCCUGACGAUCAAGAACGCCCGGGUAGACCCUCCACCACUCAUGAAGAUCAGAUCAAAACACUGAUCGAGAAUAACCCACGCUAUACGACACGUGAAUUAGCAGAAGUGUUAAAAAUAUCAGAAACCACCAUCCACGAGCUUUUUGUGAAGCUUGGCUACGUAAACCGUUUUGAUGUAUGCGUUCCCCACAAUUUAACGGAAAAAAAUCUAAUGGAUCGCAUUUCCAUCUGCGACUCACUCUAUAAACGCAACGAGGAGACAUCAUUGUUGAAGCAAGUAGUGACGAGGGAUGAAAAAUGGAUUAUUUAUAAUAAUGUUGAGAGGAAAAGGUCCUGGGGGAAACGAAAUGAGCCACCUUUAGCCAGCCCAAAAGCCGGUCUUCACCCGAAGAAAAUCAUGCUCUAUGCCUCGUGGGACUGGAAAGGAAUCCACUAUUAUGAGCUUUUUCCAAACAACCAUACGAUAAAUUCGUAA